GUGUGUGAAUAUGAACGCGAGAAGACCUCUUUGAGGCUGGGCAGCCAUCCUGGCGAAUGCUAUGGGAAAACGUCUGUACUUGAUACCGAAAAAGAGGUCAGCAAUGAUCAUACUACUGAACAUGAACCGAUCGAUAAGCUUCAAGUCACCAAAAGAAUAAUAAUCCGUAAGGCUGAGCUCAUGGCGAACCAAUAUGACAAUUGGUAUUUGAAAUCUGUGCUCUUGUUUUCUGCCUUUAUUUGCGCUUUUUCUUACGGGCUCGAUAGCAUCAUCAGGAACAUUUACAUGACUUAUGCAAUGAACUACUAUCAAACGCAUUCUCUUUUGUCAACGGUGAGCGUUGUAAGUCUGACGAUAUCCGCCGUUGCUCAGAUUUUUUUUGCAGGGUUGUCAGACGUUUUUGGCAGAUUGUCAAUGUUCAUCGUGGCUAUAAUCUUUUAUGUUGUUGGUACCAUCAUCCAGUCUCAAGCUUACGAUGUCCAAAGAAACGCCGCAGGUGCUAUCUUCUACUAUGUUGGUCUUGUCGGUUUCAUGUUCCAGGUGACAUUAAUGCUGUCUGACUGCUCGUCAUUGAAAUGGAGACUGCUAUUCAACUUCGUCCCUGCUUUGCCAGCACUAGUCACUGUAUGGAUUUCCGGUAACGUCGUCCAUGUGGCGGAUCCGGAAAAGAACUGGUCCUGGGGUAUUGCGAUGUGGGCUUUUAUCUUCCCCGCCACUUGUCUGCCAAUAAUAGGUUGUCUUCUUCAUAUGAGGUGGAAGCUCAGAAACAAUGUUGAAUGGGCGAGCCUGAGCGAGGAGAGAACAUACUUUCAAACCCAUUGACUAGUGCAAACGCUAAAACAGCUUUUCUGGAAGCUAGACGUCUUGGGCGUGCUGCUGUUCAGCGUUUCUAGCGGUUGUAUUCUUAUCCCACUCACGAUUGCUGGGGAUGUAUCAACGCAUUGGAGAAGUGGCAGGAUUAUUGCGCCACUGUUGAUCGGUUCAGUGCUUGUCCCGAUUUUCAUUUAUUGGGAAAGCAAGCUGGCUUUGGUGCCUUUGGCUCCAUUCAAGAUGUUGAAAGAUCGCGGCAUCUGGGCACCAGUACUGAUCACUUUUUUGAUCUGUUUCAGUUACAUGAUGGCGGCCGCUUAUCUGUACACGAUUUUGUUGGUUGCUGAAAAUGAAACGUCUCUGUCAGCAAAAAGAAUAUCAAGUCUCUACAGUUUUGUUGCCGCUGUAUUUUCACCAAUUAUCGGAAUUUUUGUCGCGAGAUUCUCAAGACUGAAACCAUUUGCUGUUUUCGGCUGCUCACUUUACUUUGUUACAAUGGCUCUAUUUUAUCAUUUCCGUGGUGGUAGUGACACUGGUAAAGGCGUGAUUGGAGCUAUGGUAGUUUGAGGCAUAACGAGCUGUUUCUUCAACUAUCCUAUAAACAUUUCGAUGCAACCUGUGACAUCGCAUGAAAACAUGGCCACAGUCACUGCUUUUGGCCUUACAAUCUUCAGAAUAGGUGAUGCAGUUGGUGCAGCGGUUUCUGGUGCAAUUUGGACCCAGAGUUUAUACCCCAGGUUGAUCAAGGUUUUGGGUGAUCCUGCCCUGGCUUUAGAGGCGUAUAAUAUGCCGCUAAGCUUCAUGCUCGAGCAUGAAUGGGGCUCUCCCGCAAGAGAUGCGAUGAUCGAAGCUUACAGACACGUCCAGAGAUACGAAGUCUUGGUGGGACUAAUUUUUGUCGCACCAAAGUUUUUAUUAACUUUCUUUCUGAGAGAUCCGCUGUUGACCGAGGACUAUGGACAGAAACUGGGAGAUGAUGAGUACAUAAAGCGUGACGACCCAAUCACUGAUGGGAGAGCUGAGCGUUAUUCGAAGUUGAGAAAACACGAA